AUGUCCGAUGCAGGCGACGUCACAGUGGCGUCUAACGUCCUAGGCACCAUCGGCACCGUUCUCUGGUGUAUCCAGCUGGUGCCUCAGAUCUGGUACAAUUGGAAACGCAAGAAGACAGAUGGGUUUCCAGCAACUAUGAUGUUUCUGUGGGCAAUCUGCUCUGUUCCUAUGGGUGCCUAUCUGAUUCUGCAGCAAGUGAAUAUCCCGCUGCAGAUCCAGCCUCAGAUCUUUGGCUUCUUUUCCCUGAUUAGUUGGAGUCAGAUAUUGUACUACAAUCAUAACUAUACCCUGGUCAAGGCUGUCUUUGCAUGUGCCGCCACGAUCGCAUUAUUUGGUGGCUUGGAGGCCCUUUUGAUCCUCACGUUGCGAAUUCCAUACAAUAACGGCGUGCGAUGGCCAGAUCUCGUUGUUGGAGUCGUCGCCGCCAUUCUCCUUAGUGCGGGCUUGUUGCCUCCGUACUUUGAGCUGUGGAAGAGAGAUGGGCGCGUGAUCGGGUUCAAUUGGGUGUUCUUGGGCAUUGACACGAUGGGCGGGCUCUUCUCUCUGUUCGCUUUAGCGGCCCAAGGGACCUUUGACAUUCUGGCUGGGGUGUUGUAUAUCAUUGUGGUGGUCCUUGAACUGGGCAUCUAUAUUAGCCACAUCAUCUGGCGGUUCCGGUACCGCCAACUUCGGAGAGAGGCCAAGGCUGCUGGGAAGAGUAUUGAUGAUCUGUUGGAAUCGCAGCGGAAUGACACGGAGGAAAGUCAGGACCCGGAGAAGGGCGUAGGGGUCGGGAAUGUAGACCAUGGGCAGACAGAAUGCACCUCCCUGGUAGCUGUGGUAGACAGCGGUGAUGUGACCAGCACCAUCACUCUCAUGAUGCCUGACCGACGGCUGUCGCGUCUGAAGGCCAAGUUCCUACGCCGAUCACCGCUGUCGCCCAAAACGGUCAACGGGGCGGACCCGCGUGGUGUCCACCACCCCAUCUCUUCUCCCUGUCCUCCGCACCUCUUCGACUCCGCCAGCGACAAGUCCCCCUACAGCAUCGUCUCCCGCUGCUCAGGCGACUUCGAUCCUGCUGACGACGCUCCGUCGCCGCUCGCCCAGGAAGGUCCCGAUACCAGGAGCUCGCAGCCUCCGUCAGCCGGCUCGCCACCGCCCGGAGAGCUCCAGUUUUCUCACGACCAUCGCGCGUGUACCCCUCCGCCGACCGAGCCCACGCAUUCGUCGUUACAUACGCCUCUCAUCGUCGACGUCCCGUCUUCCCUUGACACCCCUCCGCUGCUGACGCCCGAAGCUUCAGAGGAUACUCCCUUCCAGCCGGUACCCUUCGAAGUUCGACCACCGACAUCAAUCGAGACUCCGAUCUCCCCAACAACCCUCGAGACCGUCGUUGAGACCCCUGUAGACGACCGUCGCCCUUCUGUAUCUUGGUCUUUGCCCGACAGCCGUCCCAGCCUUGCCAUCCGUCGACAAUCCCUUCUCCCUGCAUCGCACCACCACUUGAUCAACGGGCUGUUGGGGCGAGAUUCCAUCUCCUCGCAAGGUGGCCAGGGCAGUGCACAGGCUCCUCCCGCCCCUGCCGAGAUGGUGCAGCGCCGGAUUUGGGUCAAACGGCCGGGUGGCUCGGCCACCCUGGUCCCGUGCUUGGAGGACGCGGUAGUGGACGAGCUGCGCGACCAGGUUAUCAUGAAAUACGCGAAUUCGCUCGGUAAGAGUUUUGAUUCUCCGGAUAUUGUGAUAAGAAUCACCCCAAGGGAAGGCUCGAAUCGACAAGCUCACCCGGAGAGGCUGCUCAGCCCGGAGGAAUUAUUGGCCACAGUCCUCGACACAUACUAUCCCGGAGGCCAGGCUAUCGAAGAGGCGUUGGUCAUUGAUGCGCCAGCGCGUCGAACCCCGAAACCAUCGCCGCGCCAUUCGAUCUAUCACCACCACCAUUCCGAGCCGGGCGAACAUGGCGACUAUUUCCCUCUCAUGCCUGUGAACGCCAAUGGACAAACACCGCCUCCACACCCGGCGAGUGCGGGCGGCGGUACCGCUGCACCGUCCAUCUCCAUUCUUAAUACCGGCGUGGCCCCUCCCCUGCCAUCCCCGGGGACCCGGGGAUCCCGGCAUCACCGUCGACCGCCGCUCACGCGGCAUACAACAAAUUCGCCAACCCUAAUUGAAGGACCUCCCGUGGCGGAUAUUGGCAUCUCUCCUCAUAGUCAAACUCCCGCCGCACCGCCGGCCCCGGCUGUGCCUACACCACCCGCAGUACCAGCUGAACCUUCACAGCUGAAGACGCACACGCCACCAGCACCGAUGGUAUCGCCGCGAAAUUUACGCAAAGGAAAGGCUUCCCCAUCACCCGCUACGGUUUUUGGUGGCCUAAUCGACGGCACCGUGCCUCCUAUCAAUGUCCUGAUCGUGGAAGACAACAUCAUCAAUCAACGGUUGCUUGAGGCGUUUAUGAAACGGUUGAGCGUGCGUUGGAAGUGCGCAGCAAAUGGAGAAGAGGCGGUGCGGAAAUGGCGACAGGGUGGAUUUCAUUUGGUUCUGAUGGACAUUCAGCUGCCGGUUAUGAACGGAUUAGACGCGACCAAGGAGAUCCGACGGCUGGAGCGGUUGAAUGGAAUUGGAGUCUUUUCCAAAACGGCCUCUGGGCGCUCCAGCGCGUCAAGCACCAAUGCUGCAGCUCCACACGAGAAACGACCUGGUCUUCAACGUUCUCUCAGUGAGGAGGAUACGCUGACUGAUCUCACACAGUUCCGGAGUCCGGUGAUUAUUGUCGCGUUGACGGCCAGCAGUUUGCAAAGUGACCGGCACGAGGCACUAGCUGCUGGCUGUAAUGAUUUCUUGACAAAACCCGUCGGUUUCCCAUGGCUUCGGCAAAAAAUGACCGAGUGGGGUUGUAUGCAGGCCCUGAUCGAUUUUGAGGGCUGGCGCAAAUGGCGCGGCGCAGUCAGCCCGAUGCAGACAGGCGACAACAAACAGAUCGGCCGAGACCCAAUGUCUCCAUCGACUCGGCGCACUACUGCCGCCAACAAACCCCACGGACAACGCCCUACCCUACCUGAUGCCGCAGAGAUCAUGCGCGAAGACUCCUGGGGCAGCGGCAGCGGCGACACGGAUUCGCCCACAAGUCCGAACCUAACGCCUGCGGAUUCUAUUGUUCCUGCUCCUGUGGAUGAGCCUUCUCUGAAUGGUCAGUGA